AUGGUUGCUGCAACAGCCAUUGCGCCUUCAAGGCUGUCAAGCAGCCCACAACCGCCCGUGCCUCCAGCUCGCAAGGCCAGUUCCACAGCCUCAAGUCAGCUUAGCAGCAAGAGCGGGAGCAAUGAGAUCCGCGGCAGUAGCGGUGACAGUAGCAGCACCAGCAGCAAAGGAGUCGACGCUCAAAGCAGCUCGAGCAAGCUCAGCGUCAAUGGCCAACCCAGCUCACCGAAUGCUGGAGGUAUCCUGACCAAUGCUCACGAGAAGCCAGCACUGACCAGAGGAGCCCUUUCUAGCAACUCGGGCACCGGGGCAGCGAUAGCCAGCGCAUUCAAAACCGCCUUCCAACCUCCGCCUCAGGCUGGGAAACAAGCCAAAAAGACGGGCUUGCCAUUGGGUAAGAGCUUCGAGAGGACGAUUCCCCUGGGAUCGGAUGGGUCCAGGCAUGUUGGCGCAGAAGUGCUGCCGUACGAUCCGAGAGGGGAAGAGGCUAGCGCAGGUGAUGGUGUGCUCCCUCCCACCAGACUUGACAUCCCCCCAGGUGGCUGGCACGUCCCGAGAAAGCAGGAUGCGAGUGAAGAUGCUCCACUCUCCAGCUCGAGCGAUCGACCUCCUCCACUGACCAGCAGCAGCGACUUUUCCAACUGGGUCGCGCACGACGACUCGGAGCAGGUUUCGGACGAUGUCGCUGAGCCUGCUUCGCCAGCGUCUGCUCAUCGUUCCAGCGCUUCGGAGACGAGCGACGGCGCGCGAUCAUGGGUAUCUGCGAGCACUGCAGCCACGACGACCCACGAGGCGUUGCGACGUGGCAGCGUAGCGAGCACAAGUACGAACGCUUCGAGCGGGUCAAGCAAUCAUUCCUGCGCCAUCCGAUUCGCACCUCUACCCUCUUCAGGUCGCCUCAAACGAGCCAACUCCAUAACAAUCGGAGUUGCUGCUCGUUCUCAUCUACUCUCGUCGCAAGGAUCGGCCAGAUCAAACGCUGCGGAUUGGCAGAGUGCUCAGCUGCACGCUCCUGGUGGUCCCGCAGGCAAUGGCAACAAUGCGAGACAAGCUUGGUACAAUGGAGGCGCUAAGCCUGAUGAUGUGGUGGAUAUCGGCGAGGAAUUGAGAAAGGGAGCUCUGAAAGCUUGGAGAAAGGUCAGAGGCAAUGGUGCGCCUCCUGCUGCUACUGCUGCUGCUACUGCUGCCGCUACUGCUGCCGAAAGCUCCAAAAGCUCAACAGCAGCCGACCAGACAUUGCAAGCGCCAAGCAAGGGCGACGCGACACCUCGACGUAGCGCAUCCCCAACGCCCGAUGAGCAGACCCAUCAUCACCAGACUGAUCACGUGGACGGUGGUCAACCGUCCACUUUCCACCAGGCAGACGAAGAUCUUGGUGAAGGUGCGCAGACACCUCGAGCAAGGCGAUUGUCCACCGGCGCUUUCCUGGGAAGCAGCUCUCUUCGGGGCAUGCAGCAAGACCGGCGGAAAGAGGUACUUGGUUUGGAAGGCGAAGGUGGAGGUGAAGAUGAGGGCACUGACACUCGCGAAGCGGGACAGGCUCAAGACGAGGAACAAGGCAGCAUCGUCGCUUUCCAAAAAGGUUUAGGCAGGACAAAUGCGGGCAAAGUAGCCAGUCGCUUGUUCGGCUUUGGAGCUGAGACGGAAGCUCCUUCCAGGGAUGAGCUGACUGAUCAACAGCAGCAGAACGCUACUCUAGCGGACUCUAGCGCCGAGUCGGUAGAUAGCUCGGAAUCUACACGAACAGACGAAGAAGACGAGGAGACUAGAGAAGCUCAGGCGUUAGCUGACCAGGCUUUCACAGCGCAUUCUGAGAAGGCUUUGAAAGCUGGAGGGAUAGAAAAGCAGAGGAGUAAGGUGGAUCAGCGUUCUCCCCAUCAUUCUUCAGGCUAG